AUGAAGCUGACCAACCAGUCUGAGGUCCCGGUAUAUACCAUCUCGGGCUCCAACACUGCGCGUCCGCUGCCCGAAUGGCUUGCUCGGCGGCGAAAGCGCAGUUUGAAGGAUGAUCCCGAAUAUGCGAAUCGCGUUGAGCUUCUCCAGGAUUUUGAAUUCGAGGAAGCCAGCCAAUGUAUUCGGGUUAGUGAAGACGGAGAUUGGGUGAUGAGCACAGGAACAUACAAGCCUCAAAUUCAUACCCACUACCUGCCCCAGCUGUCGCUGUCCUGGGCCCGGCAUACAGUCGCUCUCAAUACAACCUUCCGAUUACUCUCAUCCGAUUACUCGAAGUCCCUUCACCUCCAGUCUGACCGCUCUCUCGAAUUCCACACUCCAUCAGGAUGCCACUACACAACAAGGCUCCCAAGGUACGGACGGGAUCUGUUAUAUGAUCGCCAGUCCACCGAGGCAUUGGUGCCAGCGGUGGGAGUCAACGCUGAUGGGAUGGGAGAGGUUUUCCGAUUGAACCUGGAGCUCGGGCGAUACAUGCGCAGUUUCGAGGUGGAUGUUGGAGGUGACGAUUUUACAUCAACCGGCGGAGGUGCGCUGCAGGGUGGUAUCAACACCGGUGCGGUCAAUACAGGCGCUAUUGCGGAAGAUAGCCACGGACUGUUGGCCUUUGGCACAACAAUCGGGACUGUGGAGCUUUGGGAUCCCAGAGCCAAGGGCCGCGCGGGUGUGCUGCUGCCGCCGACUCAGAUCGGGCCAGAGGAUGCCCGCUCAGAGAUCACUGCCUUGGAGUUUCAGCGCUCUGGCCUUACCCUGGGCACGGGCUCGUCAAACGGCCUGAUUCACCUCUACGAUCUUCGAUCGCCUGUGCCUCUCCUGAAGAAGGACCAAGGAUAUGGCUUCCCAAUUCACACCCUAACGUUCCUCCAGUCAUCUUCUGCGACGCGAGAUGCCACAAUGGAACCCAAGAUACUGUCUGCCGAUAAGCGCAUUAUCAAAAUUUGGGAUCCGCGCGACGGCACUCCGUGGACCUCCGUCGAGCCAGCCGUGGAUAUCAACUCUGUGGCCUGGUGCAAAGACAGCGGUAUGAUCCUGACGGCGAAUGAAGGACGGCAGCAGCAUUCGUUCUUCAUUCCGCAACUGGGGCCUGCGCCGAAAUGGUGCUCCUUCUUGGACAACCUCGUCGAAGAGAUGGCUGAGGAUCCGAAUGACCCCAAUGCCUUCACCAGUACCCAGGCUGGCGCUGUAUACGAUAAUUUCAAGUUCUUGUCUGUGCCCCAACUUCGGACCCUGAACCUGGAACAUCUCAUCGGCCGGACGAACCUCCUGCGGCCUUACAUGCAUGGCUACUUUGUGGCCCAGCGACUGUACGAGGAGGCGAGAUUGAUUACAAACCCUUACAUCUGGGAGGAAGAACGCGCCAAGAGGGUAAAAGAGAAGAUCGACAAGGAACGCGAGAGUCGCAUCCGUGGCAAGAAGAAGGCUGCUGUCAAGGUGAACAAGAAGCUCGCCGAGAAGCUGCUGAACGCAGAGGAGAAGAAUGAGCGGCGGCGGGCCAAGCGCGUGCUCGAGCGUGGUGGUGACGAGGAUGUGGUCGGUGCCCCGACUGCUACUUCCUCAGAGCCAACUGGCGUGCUGGGCGACAGCCGUUUCACCAAGCUGUUUGAGGACGAAGACUUUGCUGUUGACGAGAACUCGUUUGAGUUCAAACUCAUAAACCCUAGCACUGGCCCCGAACCCGCCGAGCGAAAGGAGCGUGGUCUGACCGCCGUCGAGCAAGAGGCGGUGGAUGGCGUGCCCAAUUCGAGCUCUGACGGCUCCGACUCGGAGAGCGAGCAGGAGAGGCCCGUCAAAGCUAAAUCUUCUGGCAAGAUCUCCUCUGCCGACUACAAGCGGACGAAGCGGCCUCCGCCUCGCAUGCAGGUCUCUUCUUCUACCAACGCCAGUUCUGCACGGGACCGGUCAUUUGGUUCGCGCGCCCAGAACAUGAAGUCGAAACAGAAACCUUCGCGGCGGCGCGGCGUUGUUGGCGAGCAGGAAAUGGUCUUCGCUCCUCAGUCGAAGAAGCGCAAUACGGAGCCUGCAGUCCAGUAUGACAAAAACACAAGCUUCCGUGCCAAGGAGCGGCGCAGCGCCUCAGGAAACACCUUCCGGAAGAUGUAA